GCCAGGGGACUCAGAGCAUGGACAUGUAGCCUGCUGGUGUCAGGCUUGAUCGGGUGGGUGAGCUCACACUCCUGGUAACUUCGAGGGUUCACUAUUCAGAUGUCGACUACAUAAUUUUCCUGAUACCCGCACAACAACGCACCUUAAAGACCUAUCUUCUUGCCCGCUCUCGAGCGCUUGUUGAUAUCAUCGAGGAAUGUCUUCUUUUUUCGCGGCGUCGUCAAGCGUGGCACAAUUUCUGCCCUGUCCUUCGCAAACUCUGUCCACACUCUCGCGCCGUUCGUCGCCGUCCUGUUCUAAUUUCACAUUUUUCUCCGUUCAAGUUUCACAUUGGCUCCCUAACCUGCACAUAGCACCCGGCAUGGUCAUCGCCCUCGAGGCGAUCGGACUGUGGAUAAUGAACUGGUUGACAGCAGUCAGCCUAGUUAUAUGCCCUUUUGGAAAGCUUAUAUUCCAUCAUGAUAUAUGUAAUGUCACAUCACCUGCAUACCGAUAUACGGUACGAGCCUGUUCAUCUGCAAGGGUUUUCGCAAAGCAGACGACGGCUCACAUUGUACGAUCCUAUAAUUCUCACAUGAAUGAAAACGGC